UCGCGUAUUUUUGAUUAGUUACGGAUUAUCAAAAGCACUUCUCGGGAAGUUUUGGUGGCUUAUAAUUGUUUUAUAUUUUUAUUGUACAUAACGCGAGAAUUGUUCGAUAAAUGAAACGACGUAGUGUCAUGCCUGGCUGUAUUGGUCGAGUCCAGUAAAAAGAACGCUGACGGUUAAGCUGCGCAUUGGCGAUUUAUCAGUCUAUUUGGUGUUAUGAGGUGGUAUAAGAAUAACAAAUAGACCGUACUUGUGAAGCCACGAUUCGCCAGCCUAGUUCAAUAAUAAAAUAAUCGGCACAUAGCUUUCGUGCAAAACUCGAUCCAUGCGCAAACACACCCCAUCACUUUCAUCCAGCGUUCUUUUUACGUGACGCGUACCUUACAACGGUGGUGACGUAUUAUAUGGUAUUAGGUUGCCCGACCGACACACCACAUAGGUAUCUAUGUAUUUUCUACGAAACGUGGUAACAGCUUGAAGACUGGCUUGUUGAAAUGGAAGCCAGAUUUGGACUCUGCUGCCGACGAGUAUAGUCAAGCAGCACAAUGCUACAGGAUUUCUCGCGAAAUGAAAAAGUCGAUGGAAUGCCACAUGAAGGCCUCGGAAUUGUACGAAAAGAACCGUGCUUUCUUCCAUGCGGCUAAAGCUAUCGAGAAUGCUAUCAUCGUCAGCAAGGAAUUGACGUCACCUGAGGAAUUGUACAACAUGGCAUGCAACUCAAGUAGUCUGUAUCAGCAACAUGGUUCAGGGGAUGCUGGAGCCAAUGUUCUGGACAAGGUCGCUAAGAUCAUCGAGGAGAGGACUCCCGAGUUGGCUGUGAAGCUGUUCCAGCAGGCUGCUGAUGUUUCUUCUGUGGAGAGCAGCCAGCACCAAGGCACGGAGUACAUCAGCAAGGCGUCCCGCCUGCUCGUCAAGUUGGAGCGUUUCGACGAAGCGGUGGACAGUCUGCGACGAGAGAUCGGCUUCCACCUGGAGGGCGGGAAUACUGCGGCUGUGGGCAGGCUCACAGUGGCUAUAGUUAUGGUGCAGCUGGCCAGAGGUGAUGCGGUGGCUGCAGAGAAGGCUUAUAAAGAGUGGGGCAACUAUUGUGAAAUGCCCGAGAUGCAAACCCUCGAGAUGCUACUCCAAGCGUACGAUGAGGAGGACCGUGAGGCUGCCAUCCGUGCCCUGGCCUCACCGUUCAUCCGCAGCAUGGACGUGGAGUACGCGAGGCUGGCCAACAGCAUCCCGCUGCCGGAGAGCAUCGAGCCGGUGCAGAAGGCAGCGGUGAGGGAGAACGCAGCUCCCUCGUACGUGAGCUCGGCCCCCGAGCCCACAAAGUCUAUGGAUGUGGAAGAGGCAUACAAUCCAUCAGAGGCGCAAGAUGCAGGAUUCGCUGAAGCUAAGAAGGAAGAUGAUGAGGACGGACUGUGUUAAAUAUCGAUUACUCUAAACUAUGGGAAAAUGAUUUAACGGGUCUUUGAUUAAUCACUUGACGUUCUAACAACUUACACCUCACUAAAACGUAUUUUUUUAAGUUACUAGCCCUAGUUGGUUAGCUGGGCGACGUUCUGCAGUAUUCAUCUCAAUAGUAAGUUAACGAUACCGUUCCAGGUUUUACUAAUUAUUGAUAAAGGUAAAUUACAAGCAAGAAAUUAUCAUUUUUGUUUUAUUUACGAAAAAAUAUUUUUCAGAAAAGCAGUAUGGCACUUUUACGGCUUUGAAUACGUAUAUCUCGUCAAUUAUUUAUUUUAGCAAAAAACCGCCUAUUAAUUUUUAAAGACCUAUCCAUUGACACCUCAUUUAAUACAAAUUUCUCGAAUUUAUUUUUUAUCCCCGUUGGCAUGAAUAUUGCAGUGCGUCGCGCUAGGCGCUAGUAUGGGGAUAUUGCGCGCUUCGCCAUUAUAAUACAUGUAGCUUCGAAACUUCUGCGAUGACCACUCUAGAACUUGGCAUGAAAUUUAAGCAUAAUAUGUGCCAUUUAUUUAAUGAUCUUAAUUUUUUUUUAAAUAUGCUAAGUUCGUAAACAAUUACAAAGAAAAAUAUUUUUAAAUUUUUCUUAGGAAUUUAAAAUAAAUUCGAAAUUCAAAAUAUAAGGAUAAAAAGGUUUUUUAAUGGGGAUUAUUAUUCAGUCAUCAAUUUAUUAAAAAAAAUCCUUUUCUUGAGCUGAAGUCA